AUGAUGAUUCUCAUAUUUUUCCUACCUUUAGCAGCUGCAUAUUGUCCUCAAUGAGUAUGCCAAUCUCUAAACUACACCGUCUGCGCAACCCUUCAAGGAACUCAAAUCUUAGCUAAUUCUAAUGGUUGCCCGACUGAUUUUUACUGCAAGCUUGAAGAUUUUUAUGACUGGAGUGACUUAUUAUCCCCUUCAUCAACCAAAUCUUUCUACUGCACACGCCAAAACUACGACGGUGUUGAUUCCAGCACAAUAGACAGCCAAGGAAGUAGCUUCUGUGGCACAAGAAACCCUGACGCUUUUCUCGCUGUUGGCAGCCACCCCAAAAAGUGCACAACCCAGCAAGACUGCAAAACUCGUGAAGGCUGGUCUACUCAAUGCGUAUAGGGCCUUCCUUCGGAUGGCGCGCAAUGGGCCAUUACCGGGCCAUGUCGGGAGAGGGUUACACACGAGGAAUGGUUCUACGUGUGGAACCCUCUUUUUGGCUCGUGGAAAGUAGUUUUCUCACAGGUCAAAAAGAGGGUUCCACACGUAGAACCAUUCCUCGUGUGGAACCCUCUCCCGACAUGGCUCGGUGAUGGCGCAUUGCGCGCUAUCUAUAGGAAGGCCCUAUAUGUGGCCUUGACGGCUAUUUUUACUGUGAAGCCGACAUAAGUUCUAACGCUUUUGAUGGGUAUUGAAAAGUCUGCCAAAUUUCAAAAAACCUUACAAAUGACUUGAGAAUCGAUGCAAGAAACCGAACCUACUGGAACUGGUACCAAAAAUACUAUGUAGAAAUCAUAAGUGCGCCAGGCUGCCUUGGAAACCUACUAUGGGAGUUUCAAAUUUUAUCAGACCUAAAAAGCCUCGCUCUAGACUCUGCAGUUUUCCUUGGGAUUUCUGCAGUUUCUACAGCUUUGUUAAUAUAA